AUGCUUGGGUCACAUAGAGAGCUCACUACGGCACAUGCAUUAGCCGUUGAAUUGGUUUCUGAUUCAGGGCUUACUCCUAAAGCAACACACAAAUUAUUGAGCAAGGAAGAUGGUGAUAGGGGUAAGCUUGGGUGUGUUAUUGAAGAUCAGAAAUCAUACUUAAGAUCUAGGAGAAAAAGAGAUAUGGGUCAUGGGGAGCUUGGCAGUAUUUUCACAUAUUUUGAGAGGCAAAACAUGAGUGAUCUUAAGUUUUAUUAUGCUCUACAACUUGAUAGUGCUAACCAAGUCACUAAUAUAUUUUGGGCCAAUGCAAAAAUGGUUGAUGAUUAUGUUGCUUUUGGUGAUAUGUUAGCUUUUGGUGCCACUUUUGGCACUAAUGAAGGGAUGAUGCCCUUAGGUAUGUUUAUUGGAUAUAACCAUCAUAGACAAAUAGUGAUUUUUAGGGCUGCACUUUUAUAUGAUAAGACUAUUGAAUCUUUCAAGUGGCUUUUUAACACUUCUAUGAAUGCACAUGGUGGUAAGGAGCCUUGUUCAAUUUUUACGGAUCAAGACGCUACUAUGGCAAGUGCUUGA